CUACAAAAAACUGCACGUUUAUCGCGCGAAGAAUUUGAUGGCAAAGUGAAGAAGAAUAAGACGUCCACAAUUCCUCCGACAAUUCCAAAACAUCUACAACCUGGACCUGUCAUGCCUGGAGCAAGGGGUCAAGCCGCUACCCAUCCAUAUGAGUGCAUGACAGUUACAUGUUUGUGUCCAUAUUUCAAGAAGACGUUCGUUUCGACCACUUUAAUUAAGGGUCACAUUGGAUCGAACAAUCAAUGCGUUCUCGAGAACGGUCGGCCAUUGACUAUGGCGUAUCGUAAAGAAUUCCGAAUGAUGUCCGACGAUGAACGGAAUCGUUAUCAUCGUGCGAUGACCGAGCUCAAGAGUAGUGGCGAGUAUGAUCGAUUGACAGUUGAACAUUUCAGAGUCGGCACUGCAAGUGGCGCUCAUGCAGGCCCGGGAUUUCUGCCAUGGCAUCGCGAAUUCCUUAAGAGAGUCGAAAUCGCUUUACGCCUUGUCGAUCCAACCGUAGCCAUACCUUAUUGGGACAUGGUCUUGGAUAAUUAUUUGGAUGAUCCUCGGGAUUCCAUCCUAUUCAGUCCUCUGUUCGUUGGUGAAAAUGACGCGCUCGGUAAUGUUGUUACCGGACCGUACGGUUACUGGAGUACCACAGAAGGCGGAAACGCUAUCAAAAGGUGCAACUGA